AUGCCCACACAGAGCCUGGCAUUCCCGGUGAAUACCCGGAUGCAGAGUAAAAUGAUCAGCUUUGGUGGCAAUCCAAAAGAACACCACCAGCUGCAUACAUACGAAAAGAAUUCGCCCUGUGGAGGGCGAGAAUUUAAGACCGGCCCGUCAUGGGGUCAGGGCCAUACAUACUUAGCGCCAACGCUCUGUGCUUCCUUUUUCUUCACGAGAAGAGGGAGGGCUUCGGGCAGGAAUCCUGCCGUCGGGCGCCCCCUCUAUGUCCUGCAGCACAUAACAGAGCAUGAAGCCAUCGCAAAGAGGAGUCCGUUAGAAAACUCUGCUUUACAAGGAUGA